AUUUGGCUAUGCUUUGGCGCCAGCUCACCCAGCGAUUGCAAUGUAAUUUCCGAUGCUGAACGCUCAUAUAUUGAAACGUCACUGAGCAAGCAGGUGAAAAGUGAAGAGCACGAAAUGCCCACUAAAGUGCCAUGGUGCAAGAUAUUCACAUCGCCACCAUUUCUGGCAUUGUUGGUAACUCAUUGCGGCUAUACGUGGGGCUUCUGGACUCUGCUCACUCAAAUACCAUCGUACAUGAAGAGUGUGCUGGGCAAAGAUAUCAAAAGCAAUGCAUUGCUCUCCGCUCUGCCAUACCUCUCAAUGGUAAUUUUGGGUUUCAUCUGUUGUCCCUUCGUUGAGGCGUUGGAAAAAUCGAAGCGCGUCAGCCGAACAGUCAGUAGGAAGGUCUUCAACACAAUCGGUCAAUGGAUACCGGUGACCACUUUCAUUUGGUUAGGCUAUGUGAAUGCCGAUCAAAGUGAUUUGGCUGUCGUUCUGUUGACCGUCACUGUGUCGAUUACUGCAAUCACACAUUUCGGCUGGCAGGUGAAUCAUAUUGACCUAUCGCCACACUUUGCCGGCACGCUGGUGGGAUUGACCAAUAGUGCUGCCAAUGUGAUGAGUAUUAUUGCACCACUCGUGGUUGGUUAUAUCGUAACGGAUCCGACGAAUUCAGUACAGUGGCGCAUUAUAUUUUUCAUUGCUGGUGGUUUCAAUUUCUUUGCAAAUCUACUUUUCAUAAUUUUUGGCACAGCAAAGGUGCAGCCAUGGCAUGAUGAAGAGCUUAAGAUACAGGAGUUGAAGCCACUCAAUGAAAAUUUGGCGGUGGUGACGCCAAGCAGCGAGGAAAAGGAAGAGCCAAAGGAGGGAAAUGUGCUAAAAGAAACGGCAUAA